AUGCUAUCACUGCACCCUCUACCCCAACGCAUGGCCAGGGCUCCCCAAUAGUCACUCGGUGUUGGGGUGCCCCAGCAGCAAUGCUGAUGACCACUGGAUCCCAGGCGUCUUAUCAGCACCAGACACAGUUCCUAUCAGCGUGUCACUGCUGCCUGCUGUGCCACUGCCCUCACGCCACGCUGCUGGCCGCUGCUUCUCCACCAACCAUCCCCCAGCUGGGGCACUGCACGGGUCAGGUUGGUGGGACUCCCGGGCAUUGGUGGAACCUGGAGGUGGGAGGUGGAGGGUGAGGGCUGGAAGCUGAGAGCUGGGCUGGAGGGUGAGGGUAAAGGGGGAGUCUCCAUGCUCCAGGCCAUCUGCAGCACAGGGAGGUGCCCUGCCCCGCUGCCCCGCAGGAUGUCCCAGCACAAAGCCACCCUGAUCCACACCAAGGUGGUGACGGGCAGCUGGUGCUGUGUGCUGUCCCGCUGUGAGGAUGUGUCAGAGGAGCUGAGCGAGGAGGAGUGCAGCAUUGCCCGGCGGGCGCAGCGCAUGGCACUGGAGGUGCUGGAGGAUGCACUACACAAGGACCGCCUGCUGAUGAAGAACCUGAAGGAUGUGGUGGUGCUGACGGGGGAGGGAGGAGAAGGCUGGGUGGAGCGUUACGCCAUGCUGACUGAGCGGCUGCUGCAGAGCCUCAUUGCACAGCUCCAGCAGGCAGCCUUCCUCAAGAACCCACGCAAGGCCGGCUCCUAUGCCUACGUCAAGAAGAAUGCAUGGGACCGCACCAUCUACCUGUGCCCGCUCUUCUGGCAGGCGCCCAGUGAGCUGCAGAAGGACUCGCAGCCCGGCACGCUGAUCCACGAGGCCUCGCACUUCCUGGGCCUGCACGACAUCACUUAUGCCACGGCCAGCUUCAGGGCGGGUGGCGGCGGCACGGCCAUCUGCACAGACGGGCACAUGCCCCUCUCCGAGACCCUGCGGAAGGCGCUGCUCAAUGCCAACAGCAUCGAGUAUGAGUUUGAGAUUGUGCUGAGGCACCGGCAGCCCUAUCAGGGUGGCUGCUAUGCCUGCUGCGGGGAGACGGCACGUAACUCAGUCUGCGAGAAUGCACUGCCCUGGAAUGGGCUGGCCUGCGGGCCCCAGAGCACGGCUACCAGCACCAUCGGGGACGUGGUGCAGCUGGCCCUGCUGCCCACCCGAGAUGCCAUGCGGAGAUGCCUGUGGGACAUGCGAAGAGUGGCAGAGGCCCUGGGCCAGUGCCAGCGGGCCGUGCUGGUGGCCAACAUCACCGGUGGGGUGGUGAGUGUGGCAGGGGGGGUGGCAGCCAUAGCCGGGCUGCUGCUGGCUCCUGCUGCACUGGGUAAUGCACUGCUGUUGGCGGCCGUGGGUUUUGGUGUCACCACAGCUGGGAUCAUCACCAGUGCUGUUGCCACCAUCAGCAGCAGCGUGGGCUGCCUGGUGAGGAAGGGUGAGGCUGAGAUGCUGCUGGAGAAGUUUGCGGCACAGGCACAGGUGUUCACGGGCUGCCAGGAGGCUGUGGAGAGGGUGCGGAGGCUGCUGGAGGCCCUGGGGCAGGAGGAGAGCCUGGAUGUCAUCCUGAGGGUGUUUCAGGUGGUGGUGGGGCUUGGGCGCAGCGUCUUCAAUGGCAGCAGCGCUCUCAGAGUCAGCACAGUGCUGGCAGGGACCAGCAAUGCUACCGGUCUUGCUGGGACGGCCUCCUGUGUCCUGCUUGGCCUCUGCCUGGUCCUGGACAUCUUCUUCAUUACCAAGGACUCAGCACACCUGCACAGUGGUGCACACUUGGAGCUGGCGGGGAGAAUCCAUGCAGCCACAGCCAUGCUGGAAAGGGAGUUUGGUGCCAUUGAUGAGUUCUGCGAGAAAAUCAGGCUGAUCCUGGAGGAGCAGGAGUGAAGGCUGGCACGGGGCUGAUUCCCACACUUGGUGCUCCUGCCCAGCUGCUGGCGACAAUGGGAGCCCUUCAGCAGCUUUGAGUGUGCACAGAUUUCCAGUAAAGCUAUUGUACUUGCUGUCAUCAGCACUCCUCUCUUUUAAAUCUGUUGCACCCUAAAGGGCACAAGGCAGGCCCAGAGCUUACCACCUGGACACCACCCCCUGCCACAUUCCCACCACCCACUGCCUCUCCCACAGGCGUUGCUGGCCCCUGUGGCUGCUCCUUGCCUGCACUCUGCCAAGGUUCAAAGUGCUCCCAGUUCUCCACACCCUGUACUAAUAUAGUGCCCAGCAGCCACGUGCUGGGAGCACGUAGUGCCUUUUUGGAAGGCUGUGGUGAGGCAGCAACACCUUCAGAAAAUCCCCUGGAGGAAAGCUGUGAGCAACAGAGAAGUGUGUUCUCCUGCCCUGUGUGUUGCUCUCUCUGCAAUUGCAUGCAAAAGUACAGUACACAAAUGCGCCACUCAUACAUGAAUGGGCAAUUGCAAAAGUCUCUGUUUGCUCAAUCGUCACAGCUCAGUGACAGCUCAGGGUUUGUUUUUUCAGCCAGCUUCACCUGAUGCCAGCUUGCCGCAUUUACAUAGGAUGUUCUGUCGGCUGAUCAAACUGGGCUCCUCUCAGAAUGAAUGUAUCUGUAACGCACCUGCACUGGCCUCGCUCCCUUCUGUCCCAGAUUCAAAUUUAAGGGGAAUUAAGGAUGUGCUCGGGGAAGAUCAAAAAUAGCAAUAUUCAGAGCCUGCUGAUUGUUAGCAUCCAAACUGUAACAGCCGUGCAUUUACACACACGUGUCCCUACAGUGUGAAUCCAAGGAGCAGAGCAGGAACACCUGUACGGCUGAGAUAGGUUUCUUUGGGAAAGAAUUGCUAUAGAGCCUUGGGGGCUCCAGGGGUGUGCAGAGCACUCGUUCACUAAAAGUAAGUAGGUUUAGCUGAUUUCCUUGGGGAUUUCUUCUUUGAUGCAGGAAUUUCAUGACCAAUUGCUGAAAGCAGCUGCCCCAGAAAGUGCUACUGCUGCACUAAGUGUGGCCAGGUGCCUCAGGCAGCCCUGCUCUCUGCUCUACAAGCUAUUGGAGCGCUUUGGGGAAUCAAUAAAGGAUAGAAGCAACUCAGAGAGAGAAGGCCUGAUGCUGACACCACAACUUCAUCAGCACCCCAGUUUGGCCCCAGCAGAGCUGACACAGUCAGGAGGAGCAAGAAUUUUGAGCACCAGGGACACCAAGGCACUGCUCUGGGAGGAAAGCAAAGCCAUGGCUAUCACCUUACAGCUCCCAGCCCAGAUACAGGGGGCAGCCGGUCACCCAGUGCUG